GACUAUUAUCUGGUUAACAAAGAGUACAAAUGCCACGCGCUUUGCUCUUUGCAAUAUUAAGAUACUAUCCGUCACAUGUCUACCCCUCAUAACACUUGUCCUUUAGCUAGUAAGAUUACCUAUAAAUAGAAGGUAAACACAUGUAAUGGGUGUGUCUCCACCUUUAUAUACAUAAGAAGUAUAUUGCUCCAUCCUUAACUUCUCUUGAGACUAAUCACACCGAAGGAGAAACAGAGAAGAGUGGAGAAGAAUUCCUCGCCUCCUUUUUCAAGUCAUCGAAACAAAGGAGUUCAUUCAACCAAAUACUUCUGAAAAGACCAAAAAUUAAUGUUAGCUUGAAUUCUGAAAUGUUGGUCUAAUUUAUUGUUGUUGACUUGGACAGAGCUACAUUGGAAUACAAGAAAAGUUGGUAGCGUUGCCUCCGUCGUCUAAUCGGUUUAAUUCUGCACAGGUGCUAAGAGAUUUUAGUAGGUGGCUGCAAGCAGUCUCUCCCUUAUUUAGCUUCCUGUAAAGAAUGAGCAUUUGCAGUAGCUCUGAUGUGGGUAGAUAUCAAGAGAGCUUUUCGUUAAGCUCCUUCGACUUCAACUCCUCCCUCGAUGGGCUUUACAAUUGUGAUGACGAUGGCAAUAAUGAUGUUGAUGCAUAUAUCGAAAUAGAGCUUGAACCAGCAAAAAUCACUCCCUCGGCAUCUCGUGAUAACAAAGGGGGGUCAGAUGAGGAGGAGGAAGUGGAAUUUCGCAUAUCGUUGUCUGCAAUAUCUAGACAAUCUUAUUCUGCUGAUAUAUUUUCUUUCCCAACAACUUGUUCUGGUGAUGCCAAGACUCUCAGUAUUUUUCCACCAACUUGGAAGAGACUGGAGCCACCAGUUGAUGAUGAAGAUUUUACUGCAAAAAUCAACCGGGAGUUGCUACAAAUCAGGAGAGCACCAAAGACCAGAGGUGGGGUCACGAAAAUACUGGUGAAGUUCAGGUCUAUUACGUUCCGAUCAAUGCUAACUUCAUUACUAAAACUCGGCAAAUUUACUCCGAUGAACACUCGACAGGUUUAUGGAAUAUCCGACGUGCCGGCGGAAAAUCCUCGAAGUUCAUCGAACAAACUGUUUCCCCAAAAGGCCCGCAGAAAUGGGGAGAGAUCAAAACUGUUAGAAAUAAACUUGGAGGGAAUUAAGAAACUGUUUGGCGCAGCUGUUGGCAUGAAAACUACAAACCAAACAAAAAGUAGCCCAAAUUCAUCACCAAUUAAUGAAAACAAGUUUUAUGCCAGGGAGAAUUCAGUUCAAGCGGCCAUUGCUCACUGCAAGAAAUCUUUUGAACAGACAGAUGAUUUUUGCUUUCAAGUACCAGGGCGAACUACUUUUUGUGGCUUGAAAUAAACAAAUUUAAAAAAAAACAGCUUCUAAGCACGAUCAAAAUUUAUUUUCUUUCCCAAUUAUACUUGGGCUAGCUACACAUAAUACUGGUCCUUUAUUUUGUCAAUGAAUCGAUAUUCGCAUGAAAUCACGAU